AUGCGGGGAGGCAUUCAAACAACAAUUGCGAAGACGUUCAAAGCACUACAAGAGAAACUUAAGGGAUGGCAUUCUUUUGGAAUUUGGGUGAUUGUAUGGCCAAUUGACCCCAACUGGGAAAAGGCCGAAAUAACUGAAAUCACCACAGAAUGUGCACAACACUUUCAAGAAGGGGCAAGGAUCGUGUCCGCAUGGACACCAUGUUCACACGAGAAUGCCCAAGCGUGGAGAAGAAUGUACGACGUUUGGAGCACUCUAGACGAAACACUGGAAAAAGGCGCUGGCAAAGAACAGUUCCGCGCAACAGCCAGCACAAAGCUGAUUGGUGGAAAAGCAUAUGUGGAACUCGGAUCGCCAGAAACAUGCUGGCAAUUUCUCGAAAAAUACGCAGGGGUGGCUAAUACAAGAUACCUAUAUGAGAAUAUAAGGAUGAUAACAUCCUCUAUAAUGAUACCACCUAUGCAUGCGCCGCCGAGGACGUCGGCAACCCGACGGGGAGGGAUGUUCGGAAAAGACGACCUAGUAGGCCUCCCUAGUAAAAGUUAG